GCACUAAAUAAAUUGUUUUCGUUUUAGUUUUCGUUUUCUGUCGUCAGCUUUAAUCCUACAAAGCCAUAUCAUGAGUUAUAUAUAUGGACUGUCACAAAUGGCUGAUGUAGAAAAAGAAGAAGCUCGGAAUUUGCAAAUUGAAUUUGAAUGGGUGCUGAAAAAUGAAGUGCAUUCUAGUUUAAGGGAAAUUCGAAACAUAUUAAUAGAAUGUGCUCAUCGCUUUCCCGUACCUCUUUAUGAAAAUGAGGGCAAAAAACAAGAUAAAUUUGUAUUAACUGCUCCUCAAGAUCAGUUAAAAUGUGCAGUAACAUUAACUGGCGAUAGUAUCACCCAAGCUGAUAUAAGUUUUAAACUUCAAAGAGCACCCCAUUUAAUUCAAAGGACGUCCAUUACUGAGGACUCGCCCUGGAAACUUCAACAGGUACAGGAUGCCGCUAACCAUUUGCAACAAGCCAUUUAUCACAUUGACAAUGUUGAUCAAUCUUACCCAUUUAAAACAUCAGAUGAAGUGCUUCAUAUAUUGGGAAAUAUUUUGAGUGCCUUGCAGCGCGGAAGGUCUAGUUUGGUUAUUCCAAAAAAAAAGCCCAUUGAUGAGUUAAUGAAAAGUAGAAACAUGAAAUCUUUGUCUCCAAAUUUAACGGAAGAUUUAGCAAUUAGUUUUUACUUACAAAGUCAUAAAUUAAUUUUUGCCGUAUAUCAGCUAACAAAUAUUCAAGGGCAGAUGAAAUUUGAUUCUUGUCAGGCUGAGCAUUCGGUUCCAUGGCUAAAUGAAGUGUUAAUACUAUUCACGGUUGCAUUGCAAUUUUGCCAACAGCUUAAAGACAAAAUAAAUGUAUUUUCUUUAUAUAAGGAUUUUACUGUAGAAACGAUUGAUCAUGUUAAAAUACCUAGUCCCGAUUCUCCAACAAUUCAAAUUAACUGAUUUAUAUUGCCUUAAAAUGAACUUAACGUUAAUUUUUUUAAAACCUAGUAUUAGAAGUAACAUUAAAUUUGGAAUAGCUGCACGAGCUUUGAAGUAAAAGUGUUAACGUGGAAUAAAAAAAAAACAUUUAAUUCAGUUUCGGAAAAACCACCUCAAGAAGGGGUUUGGUCAAUAAAUUUCUGUAGCCAAAAUUCCAAGGCUUUCCGAAAAAUGAAAGAGCAAUUAAUUUGGUAAUUUAUUCCUAUAAUGAAUAUACUAGCUUUUAAUUUUUAUUCUUGAAGAAAAAAACAUUUUUUUAAAAUUAAGUUGUAAAACAUUAGUUUUUGAAACUGUUGAACUUUAAUUAUAUUUCAAAAAUUCGUUUACAUUAGCAAGCAACAUUCAACUUCUAAAAUUAAGGAAUACGGUAACAAUACAGAAUUCUGCAAUUACACUAAACUGAUUUAUGUAUUAAUAUUAGUUUACAGCAUUGUCGAAUUCAAGAAAUAUGUUUUUAUGAAAGUAAUUUUAAUAUAACUCACACUUUAUAUAAUAAAAAUGGAAGCAUUUUUUUCGUUUUUGUUAAUUAUCGAAUGUGUAAUCUUAGUAUGUAUUAAACAUUCUUACCGAGAUUUAAUUAUUUUGCGAAGUAUUUCGAAAUAAUAAAAACUUAUAAAAGGAAUGCUUAAUGUUUUAUACUUUUAAGUAUUUCGAUUAAAAAAUCAUCUUUUAUUAAAUGUUCGACUAUUUUCGUUUUAUUUAUUAGAUAAUUAUCUAAGUUCUCGAGAUACUCGAUAAUUAUUUCUCGAGAUUCUAGAGAAAAAAAUUUAUGGAAACAAAAAAUUAAUUACACAAAGUACUUUAUAUUUUAAUUCACCUAUUCUUUUCAGAAAAAAAGUAACAAAAAAAGUUUAUAAUAAGAAUGAAAGAACAGCAAAAUAUAAUAACGAAAUCAAAAAAAUUCAAUUUUGUAACAAAAAGAAAUAAUACAAAAUCUAAUUAAAUUGAUGUAGGUAUAUCAUUUCAAUUCGUAUUUUGAACUUCUGACUAAAAUUUUUGACUAAAGUGAACUAUGUGCUUCAUACUUGCCGUAUAACCAAAUCCCGUACAGAUUUUUAUUAAAAAAUCAGUAAAAUGUAUUAGAAAUGUCGUAUUUCGAGGAAAAGAAUUAAUUAGAAGAAAAAAUUGAUUGAAGUUACAUUUAUUUUUUGUUUAAAUUGUUGAAUCAAAAAUUAAAAAAAAAAAAACAAGAAAUAAAGAGUUUUCUCUGUAAUUUAGUACUCUUCUAUUUCUAUUUAGUACUCUUCUCUUCUGUUCUCUGUACGUUAAAGUUUGCAAGUUUUUUUUUGAAUGCAUUUUCCAUUAUUUUAAAAUUUAAAAAAAAAAAAAUCAGAAAAUUUAUGUAAUGUAAAAAAAUAAUAUAAAACGAAUAUUCCUGGAAUAAAGCUGUUUCCACAUAAUUAUUUUAACAAAAUUUUACAUUUUCUAUGUGUAUGCACAUACGUACAUGCAUAAAACAUGUUGUAUUAUUUUUUCUAUGACUUGCUAAUGUAAUUGUGGAAUAAAAACUGAAAUUGGUUAAAGAGUUAGUUGUUCAUAAUUUUUAAAACACUCAAGAUUUUUAAAUAGUUAACUAUUAAGUUUUCAGAAUGUUUUAGAAAAAAUCUUUUGCUUGAAUCUAAUAUUAUGUUUUGAAAAUAUUCAACAUAAUGUAUGCAUAAGUAUACUGCGUUGAUUACUUUCAUAUCAAUAAAAAUAAAAUAUCCGUGUCUAUACUUACAUAUGUAUGUUUAAAAUUUUUUUUUAAUUUAAAAAAUUAAAGCACAAUAUGUGACAAUAAAAAAUCUUGUUAAACUGUGCAAAAUUUCUUAUAGUUACUACGUUGUUAAUUUUUUGACCUUUGUUACGUAUUCUUAAAAUACAAAACAAGGAAAAAUGUAUGUUGAAAUGUACUUAAUCUUAAAAAAAUAUAUUUUAUUAGUUCAUAAAUGCAAAAAAAAUGAAAAAUAGUUAUGUAAUUAUAAUAUCUAUUCAAACGUAUUUCAUUCAAAAAUUCAUAAAUUUUAAUGUAAGUGAUAAAUUAGAAUAGAUCAGGUUAGAGUUUCAUUAAAAGUUGAAUUUACAAUGAAUUAUUGAUAUUUUAAAUUUAUGUAAAUAAAAAUAAAAUUUAACAAAAUUUUAUUUGGAUAAUAUAUUCGCAAUUAUGUAUAUAAAAAUCUUCCUGUAUGUGUGACAGAUGAUGUAGACCUUAAUUUUGGUAAAUAUAAACAGAAAAGCAAAUAAUAGGAUUAAGUAAUUUCUAUUUCAUGAGCAGUGUUCAUAAAUUAAAACAUAAAACUGAUACAUGGGGAUGUAUUAUGUACGUAUGUAUAUGUAUUUUUAAAACAAUAUCUAUAUAACUUUCAUAUCGUCGGCAAAGCUGUGAUACCAAAUACGUUCAAAUAUUUCCAAAAGUACUUUACUAACUUUCUAUUUAGGAAAUGUCAAAUAGUCCUUCUUUUAAAUUUAUGAAAGGGUAAACUAAUAAAUAAUUACACAUUUUUUACAUAAUUUUCAUAUUUUCAUAAAUUUAAAAGAUGUAUUUGAGAUUUUCUAAAAAGCAAAUAAGUAAAUUAUUUUUGGAAAUUUUUGCACAAACGUGGUAUUUGACGAAUGACUUGAAUUUUGGUAGUAAAAUUAUUUCCCGUUUAAUAAACCACAUACUUCAAAUUUAAUUUUGAAUACUAUACUUGAGGGAAAUUAUUACUGAAAAUUCUUGAACAAAUUUUAUUGCAAGUUUUUGAAACUUAAUUUUAAAUUGAAAUUUGUCAAUACAAAAUAAAUGUAAAUGAUCUAAAAACAAAAUUUGAUCUGCAAGAUAGUUGUACCUAUAAACAAACAUAUGUAAGCGUAUUUUAUGUAUUUAAAUAAUGUAGGUACAGAUAUUCUUAUGUACAAGUUUUUAUGUUAACAAUUCACAUUAUUAUUUAAUUCAAUUGAAAUAAUAAAAGCAAUUUAAAGUAAAAAGGAAAUCACUUUAAUUUUAACCGAA